AUGGUGAAGUUCUACAGCAAUCGCAACGUCCAGGCGGUGCGGGGGCCCAUCACAGUGGUGGCGGGUCGCAGUCGUCGUGUGACAUUCGUUGAGUGUCCAAACACACUGACGGCGAUGUGCGACGUUGCCAAGGUGGCGGAUCUCAUCUUGCUCAUGGUUGACGGCAGCUUUGGGUUCGAGAUGGAGACGUUUGAGUUUCUCAACAUUUCCCAGGUGCAUGGGUUUCCCCGCAUGUUUGGAGUCGUCUCCCACCUUGAUCAACUCAAGACUGGUAAGGCACUUAAGAAGCGCAAGAAGUUUCUUCGACAUCGUUUUUGGCAUGAAGUGGCAGCUGGUGCAAAGUUAAUGUGUUUGGCUCCCAUGGUGCGUGGCAUGUAUCGCUCCACAGACGUUCUAAAGCUGCACCGGCUUCUUAUUUGCGUGGAGCCCAAGAUACAGAACUGGCGCAACACACACAGUUGUGUCCUGAUUGACCGCUAUGAGGACAUUACAGCCCCACAGGACAUCGUGGAGGAUGCAAACUGCAACCGUACCAUUGCCUUCUACGGUUACGCACGUGGGAAACCGUUGAAGUCGCAACAAGUUGUACACAUUCCUGGCUUGGGGGAUUUCCCUAUUGCACACAUCUCUAAACAAGAGGACCCCUGCGCCAUGGAUGACCUCAGCCAUGGUACGUCGCAGGGGCACAAGAUGCGUCAUCUUGGCAUGAAACAAAAACGCAUCUACGCCCCCUACUGCAACGUCAGCGGGGUGAUGUACGACGACGACGCCAUCUACAUUCAGGAGGAUGCAGAGAAGGGGAUGAUUGAACGCUCUGGCGAGGGGUUGCAGUACCUAAGAGAAUUGCAGCGCGCGAAGCCGAUGGACGCCGCUGCCGCUGCUUUGGACGUCGUUCGUCGUCCUGUGGUAUUUCGCGACGAGGACACGAUGGAGCUUGCGAUGGACGCGGUGGAGGCACCUUCCGACGACGACGACGAUGGCGGCAGCAGCAGCAGCAGCGGUAGUAGUAGUACUGGCGGCAACGGCGCCGCCGAAGGCCGUAUGCCUCGAAAUGACUUGUCUCUCUACGGCCCAGAAGCUCACGACGAGGAGGAGGCGAGGGCAAGCGACGCCGCCGAGGCGGGUGAAAGUCUUGCGCCGCGUGGUCGUAAUGCGCCUGACGCCGUCCGGGAGAAUGUUGUGCGUCAUGACUGGUCGGACGCCGCGCUGCUCCGUCGCUUGAAGAAUCUCUUCGUCACGGGGGACUGGGGCUACGCGGCGCGUGCGGCGGAGGACGGCGGGGAAGGCGAGGAGGAGCGCCCCGGGAGCGAGGCGAGCAGGGGGUACGAGAGCGAGGACGAAGAGUUCGACGCCAUCGUCCGCGGCGAGAAGCCGCUCCCCUCCUCCGCCGUGCAGCCGGAGGAGGACCGUGAGGGCCACUCCAGCGCCGACGCGGAGUGGGAGGAAGAGGAGGGGCGCGAAAGACGUGGACGACGGCGAGUGGACGCAUUGGCGGCCGUCGGCCAUGGCGCGUCCUCGUCACCCGCGUGGGGGGCAUUCCGGCCAUCUGACGACACGACGCCGCAUCGCGGCGGCUGGACGGCGAGCAGAAAGAAGGACCCGCGCGGCGCUGACAGUGAAGGCAGUGACUAUGACAUUCUCGCCGAGGAUGACGUGGCGGUGAGCAAAUCGGCCUUCGCCGAUACGGAACUGGACGAACUUGUGUCGACGUUCUUGGCGCCGCGGCAGGCAGCGACGACGCCAACCACCACAACUGCGGCUUCUGGGGUGCCUCCCUCUCUGCGCAACAACGACGACGACGGUGCCAUCCAGUUCUACGACCCGCACCAAAGUCGCGCUGAUGGGGAUAGUCAGAGGAACCCUAAGACUCAUAAUCAUAAUAAUGGUAACAAUAAUAAUAACGACGAUGCCGCAGAGGAGGAGGACGUAUUGGAGGGAAAGACGCUGACGGAGGAGCAGGAACGACUUCUGCAGAAGAAAAUGGCGAAGAAAAAAGACUUUGAUGCUUCGUACGACAUGGGCGAUAGGAGCAACACGUACUCGCACUACCACCAACUCACCCGUGCGGUUGAGGAAAAGAAGCAACGACUCGAUGCGGCUCUACAGGAGAUGGGUGAGGAUGUAGCGAAAAAAAUACAACUCGUCGGAUACUUCAGUGGUUUGUACGUUCGCUUCGUGCUUGAGAACGUCCCGGUGGAGUUUGUGCGGCUAUUCGACCCGACCACACCGUUGAUCGCCGGUGGCGUUAAUGCGGGGGAGGACCAGUUUCAGAUUGUCCACGCGAGGCUGAAGCGGCACCGCUGGUACCCAAAGAUCCUCAAGGCCCAAGACCCGCUAUUGUUGUCCAUGGGAUGGCGUCGCUUUCAGACACAGCCGAUAUUCGCCACGGAGGACCCAAAUGGCCGUGUGCGUUAUUUGAAAUACACGCCGCAGCACAUGCACUGCGUGGCUGCCUUUUACGCGCCAGUGGCGCCGACGAACACGGGCUUCAUUGCCAUCCCUGUCAAGGAGCAAAGAUCUCCAAACUUUCGCAUUUCCUGCACGGGGUACACGCUUGGAAACGAUCAUGCCACAAAUAUUGUGAAGAAGCUUAAACUCACAGGAACACCAAAUAAAAUUAUGAAAACCACGGUGUUUGUGAAGGGCAUGUUUAACAGCGACAUUGAGGCAACCAAGUUUGUUGGUGCAAAACUCAAGUCGGUAUCGGGCAUUCGCGGUAUUGUAAAGGCGGCUUUUAAGGGAAAAGACGGAUUGGUACGCGCCACCUUUGAGGACAAGCUACUCCCCUCGGACAUCGUCUUCUGUCGGGCAUGGAAGACGGUGCAUCCGCCCAAGUAUUGCUCCACGCAGCGCAACCUUGUGGACGCAAACUGGGUAGGCAUGCGCAGUAUGCGUGAGUUGCGUUGGGAGCACAACGUUCCACUUGCCACGAAAACAGAUUCGGAGUACCACGAGAUCAAACGCCGCCAGCGGGCCGACGAGGAGCAUGAGGGUGCAGAUGCUGGCAAGGACGCCGCAAAGGUUCUCCUCUCUCGCAAUCAAAAGCUGCAGCUUCCGUUUAAUAUGAAGGAGGAGUUCAUCCCUCUUGAGCGCACCACUGCGGUGCAGCAACGCAUCGCCGGUGCUGUUACCGUCGCGCCGGAGCCGCGGGACAUGCGCCGCACCGCGCUGCUUGACGCCUUCACGGACAAGGCAGACGCGAUGCUGCAAAAGAAGGAGGAGGCAAAGAAGCGAUCGCGUCUGCGGCGGCAACGCGAGUCGGCCGUUGAGGAGGAAGAGUACAUGCGACAACUCAAGAAGGCGAAGAAGGAGACGGCGCGUCUGCGCGAGUUCCGCUCGCAGCAUAAGUCGCGCAAGUAA